CAGGGCCAGGGCCGAGCGGACUCCAUGUCCCAAGCUCCCUGGGGCCGGUCCGAGCCGUGCCGGGAGGGAGGAGGAAGAGGAAGAUGCUGCGGGCGGGCUGCCGCGCCGCGCUGCCCCGCCGGCCCUCGGGCUCGGCGCCGCGGAGAGGGGCCGGGGGGACCGCGGCGGAGGGGCUGAAGCAGACGCCACUGGAUGCCCUGCACCGGGCCCGCGGCGGGCGGAUGGUGCCGUUCGCCGGCUGGAGCCUCCCGCUGCAGUACGAGCAGGGCCACCUCCAGUCACACCUGCACACCCGCCGGCACUGCUCCCUCUUCGACGUCACCCACAUGCUGCAGACCCGGGUGUACGGCCGGGACCGCGUCAGGUUCAUGGAGAGUCUGGUGGUGGGGGACAUCGCCGAGCUGAAGCCCGGACAGGGCACCCUGACACUGCUCACCAACGAGAAGGGCGGCAUCAUGGACGACCUCAUAGUCAUCAACACGUGGGAAGAUCACCUGUAUGUGGUGUCCAACGCUGGCUGUGCUGACAAGGACUCGGCCAUCUUCAGGGACAGAGCAGAGGAGCUACAGGCCACUGGCAGUGACGUCCACCUGGAGGUGUCAGACAACGCGCUGCUGGCUCUGCAAGGUCCCUCCAUGGUGCGGGUGCUGCAAGCGGGGCUGUUGGAUGACCUGGCCAAGCUCUCCUUCAUGAAUAGCAUCUCCACAACUGUCUUUGGCGUGCCGGGCUGCCGGGUCACGCGCUGCGGCUACACCGGCGAGGAUGGCGUGGAGAUCUCGGUGCCUUCAGGGCGGGCGGUGGAGCUGGCUGAGCGGCUGCUGGAUGUUCCCGACGUGUGGCUGGCAGGGCUGGCAGCCAGAGACAGCCUGCGCCUGGAGGCCGGGCUCUGCCUCUACGGCAAUGACAUCGAUGAGACCAUCACCCCUGCUGAGGCUGGGCUGAUGUGGACCUUGGGGAAGCGCCGGCGCGCGGCCAUGGACUUCCCCGGUGCUGCAGUCAUCAUGGCACAAGUGAAGGAGAAGCCAAGGCGCAAGCGUGUGGGGCUGACGUCAGUGGGACCCCCCAUCCGGCCCCACAUGGCCAUCCUGGGCCCUGAGGGCAGGCCUGUGGGCACAGUGACCAGCGGCUGCCCCUCGCCCUCCCUGGGCAAGAACAUCGCCAUGGGCUACGUGGAGGCAGCGCACAGCCGGGCGGGCACCCAGCUCACUGUUGAGGUGCGGAAGAAGCAGCACCCGGCCCUCAUCACCAAGAUGCCCUUUGUGCCCACCCAGUACUACAUAGCCAAGUGAGGCCGGUGCCUGCCAUGGGCACAGUGCCCCAGCCCCAAUAAAUGCCCUGUCCCAUUC